GAACUCUUUUAACAUUGGGGUUCCCCGUUUCUACUGUCCCUUGCGCUUCGGACUGACUCGCUCUCCUCGUUUAUCUUCUACUCUCCGAAAUAAUUCUCGUUUUCCCAGUUUUCUUCCUCUCGAUCACUCAACUUUCAGGACAUCGUCAGAAAGGAGAAACUUGCGAUCUUCUCUUUUCUCUUACAGUCCAAAUAACUCCAGGCAUCAUGGGCUCUGUGGCUGAAUCAGAGAGAACUCUGUACCCUUACGUAACGGGAUCAUCAGUUGUAGCCAUCAAAUACAAAGAUGGGAUUCUUAUGGCUGCUGAUAUGGGAGGUUCCUAUGGGUCUACCCUGCGAUACAAGAGCAUUGAACGGUUGAAGCCUGUUGGAAAGCAUACUCUUCUUGGUGCCAGUGGUGAAAUCAGCGAUUUUCAGGAGAUUCUUCGCUACCUUGAUGAACUUAUCCUAUAUGACAAUAUGUGGGAUGAUGGCAAUUCUUUGGGUCCUAAGGAGGUGCACAAUUACUUGACUCGUGUGAUGUAUAAUAGGCGUAACCAAUUCAAUCCACUGUGGAACUCGCUUAUACUUGGUGGUGUUAAAAACGGGCAGAAAUAUCUUGGCAUGGUUAGCAUGAUUGGCAUUAAUUUUGAAGAUGACCAUGUCGCAACGGGGCUUGGAAAUCAUUUGGCUAGGCCAAUUCUUCGUGACGAAUGGAAUGAAAAUUUGACCUUUGAAGAAGGUGUUAAAUUACUGGAAAAAUGCAUGCGUGUGCUUUUGUAUCGGGAUAGGUCUGCUGUCAACAAGAUUCAGAUAUCUAAAAUUACGGAAGAAGGCUGUACUGUUUUCCCACCGUUCUCACUGAAAACAUACUGGGACUUCGCCGCAUUCAGGAACCCAACGGCCGGUGCUCCAGGUUCAUGGUAGUUGGGUUGUCAUCCUUCAUUACUUAAAUAGAUCUUUCCAACAAGUAUUGUGUUACAUUAAAUAGACAUGAAAUGACCAAUCUGGAAUAUAGUUGGAUUGAUGUGUUUGUGCUUUUACUUGAAUUCAUGUAGCUGUUGAUUUCAUCUUAAAAAAGGAUAGAACCCUAGCUAAACUAGCCAGAAGGAUCAAUACAAAAACCAUGGCCGGAGUUUAAUUAUGGUUUACUGCUUAAUUGUGGCUAAUUUAGCCGUAGUUUCUUUAUCUAAAGCAUAAUAAACGGUUUAUUUACACUGCUAA